AUUUUGUUGUUUGGAUCUUUUUUUUUGUUCUCACAGCUUUGGUUCUGGGGUGAUGUCACGCUCAACAGGCAUUAUAUUUAAUGACCAGAUGUGUGAUUUCAGUGGUCCUAAUUCGGUUCUCAAUGAAGUUAACAAAAACAACCUAAUUAAACCAGAUAAAAGGCCACUUUCAUCAAAGUCUCCCACAAUAAUAUUGGACAAAGACAGCAGACAAGUCAAAAUGGUGGUUGGAGGUGCAGGUGGGACAAAUAUCACCACAUCAGUUGCUCAGGUGAUUCUGGACUAUCUGUUCUUUGACUAUGACCUGCAGCAAUCUGUUUUAGAACCCAGAGUUCAGGUCCCGAGAAAUGUGACAAAUAUAGAAGAUAAAUUUGAUGAGAAUGUAAAACAUGGCUUGAAGCUGAAGAAUCAUAAUAUAGAUAACAAAACUGAAUUAUCAGUGGUCCAGGCGGUCGUACGACAGGGGGACAAAAUCUGUGCUGAAUCCGACAAAAGGAAUUAUGGCUUUCCUGCUGGAUACUGAGAACUGCACCUGUGCUCAUGCUACUGUUGACAAAUGUGUUUGACCCUGCAAAAGUAAAACCAUUGUCUGACAGCUGCAGAAUUGAUUUUUGGGGAUGCUUUUUGGGUGCCAAAAAAAAAACUUGAGCAGGCUAUUCAUAAAUAACAUUGUUUUAGCCAUCUUGCAUUUUAAUAUCACACAGUACCAAAAUACGCUGCAAAUAUUCUUAGAAUUCCAGCUUGUCAUUUUUUUUAUUUAUUUAGCUUAUCUAUUUGCUGUCACUUGCAUUUCUAUCUAUCUGCUAAUCUCAAUAUACACUAACAAAUGCAUUUUCCCUGAUGCAAGCUUCAUUUAAAAGAGUUUGAUAGUUGCAUUGUAAAUGAGUUGUUUCAAAUCAAUAAAGUAUGCUGUCAGCUUUAGCCUACUUCAUAAGUGUUGGUUUUUCAGUAAAUGCAGACAUUGAUGAACACAAUGCAGUGCAGAGUCCUGCACGGGUCCUGUUUGAAAAACCUGCACCCGCCCCGCAGUUAUUCACAGCAUACCUGACCCGAUAUCCUACAGAAACACUAAAUUUAGCCGUACCUGACCCGACCAGUUUGACAACAAAUGCGACCCGACCUGCACCCACAUUAAAUCUCUUACAUGAGGUAGACAAAAAUAAUUCUCAUGUAGCCUAACAUAAGCAAUAAAACUAACAUUAGGCAUUCUAUAUCAUUGCAUUUAAUUAAACAUUGCAUUAAACAACACAAGUAAAAUAAUAGAACAAAUAAUGUUUUAGUAGCCCUAUUUAACUAUAAGCUUGAAGCUAGUACAUAUUUUAGCAGAUUCACUUGGCUGUUAAACAUGGUUGUCUCUUCUGAAACUCAGCAGUGUUUACCUGGCCGCUGAUCUUCUUUGUAGCAGCACAAAAAGAUAUUCUAAAACUUUUAUUCAAAUUGUGAAUAGCCUAUACAGAGGUGUAAAGUCCAGGGAUCAGAAAGUAAAAGUCCUGCCAUAUGUUUAUUCCAGUUAAGUUAAUGAGAAUUAAAUGAUUAAUUAAGUGAUGAUUGACCAUUAUUGAAGAUACCUGAUGUUAACAAGCAGAAUCACCAAAGGAGAAAAUCACAAAUUAAGUCACCAUCGUUGAGAUCAGGGUUUGCUUUAGUUGGGCUCUUGACUUUUUAAUAUUAGAUUAAUGCAAACCCUGAUCUCAAUUAAUUCUCAUUAACCCUCUGGGGUCUG